AUGUGGUAUGACUUCCUCAUGGGGACUGUUGAUCCAGAAGAGGAGGAGUAUGCUCAAGCACUAUUGGAUGCUGAAGAUAAUGCCGAUGAUGAUGAAGACUAUGAGGAAGAUGAGACAAGUGAAGUCGUCGACGAAUACGAAAAGGAUGAAGAUGAGGAGGAAGAGGAAGAUGAAGGUGAAGAAGAUGAGGAAAGUAAUGGAUAUGACUUCUAUGAGGAAGAUUCUACAGAUAAUAUUAUAAGGAGAAUUCGAUGCACCUUUCAAGAAAGUAAUUCCACUAAUUUUGCUAACUUCAUAUAUGACUAUGGUGGAUGUAAUUUCUGUAAAUGUGAUGUUGAUGGGCUAACAGACAUUCAAUGCUUGGUUUCGUUGUUGAUGAUGUUGUCAAGUCAGGAUUCUGACUUUUCAUCUCAUAUUGUGUCUCCUUGUACCAAUGAAACUGGUUCUGCAUCUGAUGUUCGUAGUACUGAAUCUAAUGGUGGUUAUGAAAAUAGUUCUCUAUCUCAUGAAGCUUCUCUAUCUCAUGAUGAAACUCAAUCUGAUUCUGACUUGGAGGAGAAAAAACUUCCACUCAGACUCUUGGUGAAAAUAUAUGAAUAUGGAAGACCAUUUUGUGAUCAUGCAUCAAAGUUUGAAACUCGUGCAUGGGAACUCAUUCGAGUUCACUGUCCAAUUGACUACAAAGACUGGAGGCUCAUUCUGCAGCCUUCAAGGACCAAGUCUGGAACCUGCUCAUGGACAAAUUUUGUUUUGCAUAUGAUGAGUCUCUUGUCAGGACAUUUGUCCAAAAAAAAAAUUCCCCAGAAGUUUCGUUCUUUCAAAUGGGAGUUACGCCUUAACAUUCUGAAAAAGCUUGCGACCUGGAAAGAGAUGGAUACAGCAUGCCAUUAUGGUGUUAAUGAUGAAGAAUGA